AGCCGCUCGCGGGCAGCCGCUCAGCCCCCUAACUCCCGCGCGCGCCCUCCCUGCGCCUGGGCCGGCCGAGGAUGUCGCGCGGCGUGUCGGCGGCCAAGCUCGCUCCCCUCCGGCCCGCUUGCUAACUUCCCCGCCUCGGUCGGUGCCAGGCCGCCCCGUCGCCCCUCUCGCGCCCUCCGUCCGGGUCCGAGUCCUCCAGGCUCGCCGCGUGUCCUCUUCUCGCCAGGCCCCUGUGUGCCCGCGCCCCAGCCCCGCGCGGCCAGGCCGUCACCAUGCUGCCCCUGUACAGCCUCGUGGGCGCGCUGCUGCUGCUGGCCGCCGUGCCCGGGCCGAGCCGGGCCGACGAAGCCAUCCACUGCCCGCCUUGCUCCGAGGAGAAGCUGGCGCGCUGCCGCCCCCCGGUGGGCUGCGAGGAGCUGGUGCGGGAGCCCGGCUGCGGCUGUUGCGCCACUUGCGCCCUGGCCAAGGGGAUGCCCUGCGGCGUGUACACCCCGCGCUGCGGCACCGGCCUGCGCUGCUACCCGCCCCGGGGCGUGGAGAAGCCCCUGCGCACGCUGAUGCACGGGCAGGGCGUGUGCAUGGAGCUGGCCGAGAUCGAGGUCAUCCAGGAGAGCCUGCAGCCCGCUGAUAAGGAUGAGGGAGAUCACCCCAACAACAGCUUCAGCCCCUGCAGCGCCAAUGAUCGCAGAUGCUUACAGAAACACAUGGCCAAAAUUCGAGACCGGAGCAGCGGUGGGAGCAAGAUGAAGAUCAAUGGGGUCCCCCGGGAAGACGUGCGACCUGUGCCCCAGGGCUCCUGCCAGAGUGAGCUGCACCGGGCCCUGGAGCGGCUGGCCGCUGCACAGAGCCGCACCCACGAGGACCUCUACAUCAUCCCUAUCCCCAACUGCGACCGUAAUGGCAACUUCCACCCCAAGCAGUGCCACCCAGCUCUGGAUGGACAGCGCGGCAAGUGUUGGUGUGUGGACCGGAAGACAGGAGUGAAGCUUCCGGGGGGCUUGGAGCCGAAGGGGGAGCUGGACUGCCACCAGCUGGCUGACAGCUUCUGAGAGUGAUCUCUUGGCAGCAGGUGGGGGGCUCAGUACCCCCGUCCCCCACCCCUUCCCCUGGAGGCUGCAGAGCUGACUUGGAACCCAGAUCUGAGUCCUGGUUCUGCCUUUGGCCCAGAAGUUUCCCUCUAGUGUGCGUGUGUGUUUGUUUGAACACGAGUGUGCCCUAGUCAUUAGAGUUAGCCAAAGCCGAGAGGUGUAUUCUUUGGGGCCUAGAGCGCCUAAGAAGUUUGAGAGGGGCAAUGUGGUGCCCUGGUAAGUUCCCCUUUUCAUCCUGGUUUCCUUCCUGCCUCUGGCCAUCUAAAACCAUUUAUUGACCACAUACAGCCCUGGGGUUCUUCACCGACUUCUUUUGACUUGGACCAGUGGGCAGAUUCCUGGGGGCAACAAGUGUGUGGGGAGAGUGGAGCCCCCCUUUGCAGUAAUCAUAAAAGUAGCUGUGUGCCUGUCCUUACCUUCCAUCUGGCUUAAGGGCAAGAGGUGAUGGCUUUGUAACCAGGCAACCCAGUCUGCUCUGAUAGUUCUGGGCUCCCAAUUCCUCAGGAGGAAGUGGAGGUGCAGAGACAAAUUCACCUGGAGGUCGGAUGCUAUGCCAUUCUUGGCUUCCUGAGACCCUGAUAAGGGGGAGGGAAGAGGUCUAAGGCAGGUCUGUAGGA